GUUAAUCUUGGUUGGCAAAUAUUAGUAUGACCUUAAAAACAAAAAUCAACUUUCGUUUAGUUUGACGAGCAAUUCGGAACUCACUUUGAUCUCCCACCUCUCAGAAACUCGGAUUCCGUUCCAAUCCUCAACUGGGUUUCUCCGAUUCUUCUCAAAACUCUCACAUUUUCCCAUCAAAAUCUUUUUUUUUCCUUUCUUUAUUAUUGUCCAUUAGAAAGUGGUCCUUCCUCUCUAUAACUGUAAGGCACGUUCAAUAAAGUCAUAUUUACAAAAUUGAUGUCUGUUUCGGAUAAGGAGAUCUCCAGCGUUGGCGAUAGUGGCGUUGUUGGUGUCAGUGGAAGUGGCGGUGACGAUCCCGAUGACGACGACGACGAUGAUAAGAAGAAGAAGAGUGGGGUCCACCAAGAUAUUGAUGAUCAUAAUAGCUUUAGUGGGUUUUCAAGGAAAUUGGGAAAAGCAAAGAAGCUUGUCUUGAGACCAUUUAACAGAAAACUCUCUAAAAAAUUAGGAUCCCAUAUAAAGGCGGCUUCUUCUUCUUCUUGUUUUUCAGGUAAGAGGAAUGGUGAUGAUGUUAAUAAAAGUUGUUGCUUUUGUUUCACAACAAACCCGUCUGGGGAAUCGGGAAUUGGGUCUCGGUCUCAGAGCAUUGACCCAAACCAUCCCACAUUCACUUAUGAUAUGGUGAGAGUUUUGAUGGAGACGAGUGAUUUUUAUUCAAAAGAAUGCAAUACCCAUUUGGAUUCCGAAGUCUCUUUUGCUGAAGACUGAUGGAUUUUUGCAAUUGAUUCAAAUAUUGUUAUUUGUGUUGUUGUUCUUGUUGUUGGUCAUAAUAUGAAUAUAUUUGAGGUUAUAUAGUUUGGAAUGGAAGGGUCAGACAAGAGCUUGCUGAAUUUAGAAGCUCUCUUGUUCUCUGGCUCAUUAUAUUGGAAGUUAA